UCAUUUCUGUUUUGCUUUCGUCAGAUUCAUUUUCGGUUUCUCCGCGUCCAUUUAAUUGAACCCGUUUUUUUUUUCAUAUUAUAAAAACACACAUAAUUAGCAUUUAAAUCUCUUUCCUACAGUCUCUUGCCCUCCCCGCACUGCUCUCUCUCCCCUCUUGUACUCUAGCAGACUCUACAUGUCUCAGUCGCUAAGGCAACCGAUGCUUUUUUUCCCUCCUCACUUGCUCUCUGUAUCUCCCCCUUUCUCUCUGCCUCCCUCUCUCAUUCCCUUUCUCCACUGACAGAGGUAGGCAUGAUGACCGAUAUGUGUUGGAGAGUGUGUGUCUGUGUGUGUGUCUGUCUCCCGGCGUUGCUUGUGUGUCGAUGAGUGACAUUUCUGUGGCAUUUAGGCAGUUAGGUGCAGACGGGGAAGUUGCCUCUCUCUGCCCAAAGUGCCAUAGAGAGUGCUGGCUCCGUGCACGACGCCUCUAAUGAUGAUUAAUGUGCCGUGCUCAGGUGUGUGCACUCUAAGUGUGUGUGAGGGAGCAGAACAGACAAUGAACUUCAGGGUGUUUUUUUGCAUGCAGAUGUGGAUCUGUGUGAACAUGUGGCGCACAAUUGACUGUUAAAAUUUUAAAAGCCUGCUGUAGCCCGGGCGUGUGUUUGUUGUUGCUGAAAGCAGAUGACAGCUUGGCUUUGUGAAAGUACCAGUGCUGGUGUCUAUGUUUACAUGCUUUUUAUCUCAGUACAUAAAAGAUGGAGAGAGAGAGAGAGAGAGAGAGAAAACAAGCUGGACCCUCCCCCUUCUCUCCCUCUCUCUAUCCCUCUCCUGCCCCUCUGUCUUAUCUCACAGAGAGAGAUGAUCGGAGGAGCAGAGUCUCAGUGAACAGAGCGAAGCGAUGGAGAGAUGCUCCAUCUCUCCUGUCGCACGACUGACUGCCCUCGUCUCCCUCCUCCUGAUUGGUCUGGUGACACAGCCCUCCACCUGUAACCGGGAGGACGCCGAGGGCGAGGAGCAGGUGGACGCCCUGCCGGUCCAGCUGUCCGUCACCGCCCAGGUCACACCCACGCCUCUGUGGGCGGUGGUCUGGGGUCCCACACAGCAGCUGGAGGACGAGACCUACCACUUCCUGUCGGGCCACCAAACUGACCCCCUGCAGCAUCACGGGAGUCAACAGGAGACCGGCACCGCCCCGUCCGAGGCCUGGCCACAUCCCGGUGCAAGCGUUCACCCCCGUGAGGAGACACCGCUGGGGUCCAGGGAGGAGGAGGAGGGAGGAAAGGAUGGAGGGACGGAGGCGGAGGAGACGGAGCCUGAGGAAGUGGACCCUCAGUUCUACGUCACCGUGACCAUCUCCUCGCUGCUCAUGCUGACGGCUGUCGUCAUUAUAGCCAAACUCUGUUAUGAUCGCAGUUGUUCCCAGCUUCCACCCCCGCUCUCUCGUGGCGUGGCGCCCCCCCUCACGCUCGCGCUCCCUCGCUCCCUCGCUUCAGAGGACAGCCGGCAGACGUUGCACAGCACCUCCUCCUCCUUCACCGACAGGGAGAGGAUCCCAGUUGUGAACCUCUGAGGUGACUGUUUUUCCAUAUGGUAAACAUUUCUACGGGGCCCGAGGAGGAGCAUCAACACGACCAGAGGACGUGCCCGCAGUGCUGUUCUUAUUUUUCUCUGAAACUGUGAAAUGAAUUCAGGGAUCCCAGGUGUGCAGCCAUGACAGAACUCCGUGGCUUCCCUGAGGUCUGAAAACCCCGAACUCAUCUUCCUGCUCGUCCUUCCUGCUAUACUUCUUUCCUAUUCCCUUUGUUGGGUCUGAAUUCCUGUCCGUGUCUCUGCGUCACUGUCACCUGCUCCGUUUUACAUCCUCUGAAUGGCCUCGAGCUUCCCGAAGCUUCCCCACCGCUCUGUGCAUCGACCUGCCAUGACUAAUCCACAAACAAGCCGUUUUAACAGCCAUCGCAGCAUCCCAUUACCCCUGAAAUGCCCUACCUGUGCUUCCACAACUGUUUUCAGUGAUUCAGCCGCACACACAACGUUAAAUCUUGUCCAGGAGACUGUUCCCUCAUGAAGUGACACUCCAAUUCAGAGCAGUUUAUAGCAGGGCUUGUAUCUGGCUUACAAAUGGUAAAAAAAAAAGAAAAGAAAAAGCCAUUCAAAGCAUCUCCAAACACAGAACGAGGUAUUUCACAAAGCUGUUUGGCACGGCUGUAGCCACCAGGCAAUGCGUUUAACAUGUCACGCUCCAAAAACUGCUGUUUAUUCCCCGCUUCAGGCGCCUGGAAUGCAAAUAGUGUGCCCCCCCCCCCC